CCCUGGGCAACAUCUGUUCCACACUCAAAAUAUUAACAAGCCCCAGUAGUUCCUUAGUGUACUUAUUAUUUUCCAGAAUUUAAGCUGAAAAAAGUGUUCCCUGCCAGCUCAAAAUCAGUCAUCCCAGAAAACUUGAGCCUGUGCUGUAUACUUUCUCAACUUUUAAAUUAAUAAAGUAAAGGGUUCAUAAUAUAAUAUUUGGGACUUGCGCAAUGUAUACCCAUUUAGUGCAUGUUAAACUUCUUUGCCUUACGUGCUUACAGGUAUUAUUACAAAGUUAACCAUGUUGUGGCAUUUACUUUAUCAGCUUUUCAUGAUGUAAUGAAUUUAUUUUUUGAAGGGGAAGAGAUCUCUUUGGCAGACUUGCAGCAUCUUUGAGGAAUGAUGUUUCCUAUGAUAAAGGGAUGAUUUGCUAUAUAUGGAUGCUAACAUUAGUCAUGUUCUUCCAUCACUGUGCUGCAGUAACAUCCAUGUAUUUGAGGCUUAACACUUCAUGUAAUUUUAAAACAGUUGAUGUUAGCUAGCUAGUAUCAAAUGGGAAGAAUUUUAAGACUUGUCAGAUCAGAGAUAUUAAUAAAGUUGUCUUCAGCUUUUUGAUGGCAGUGCCUGAAACCUAAGUGUGAAUGUUCCUUGAUUCUGAUCAAACUGAAGUCUUUUGUGAUGUCUUCAUUUUCUUCCCCAUGCCUGUGCAUCUGAGAGAGAAUGGAAACCGCUUUCAUAACACCUUGACUAUGGAGCUUCAAGUGUCUGCUGAAGAUCUUGCUUGGAAGUUUCAGAAGGGUAGCCGUAGAGCCAUGUCUCAGAGGGGUAGCCGGGUUAAUCUGUAUCUACAAAAACAGGAGUCCUGUUGCACCUCGUUGUUUUUGCUUGGGAGUGACUGUGCCAGAAAAGCACCCCUGUAUUCACGCUCCACGGACAAUUAAUUGGCAAAUGCUCUUAAACCGCUUGCGAGAAAUCACAGGAAUUAAGGAUUCCUCCUUUCUUCAUGCAGCCCUGAAGGCGGCUAAUGGCGACCUAACAGAUGCAGUCACCUUCCUUACUGAGGAGCAUGUUAACGAGCCAGGCCAGGAAGCCGUUGCUGUGGAACCGUCUGACUGUGAAGGGAGUGCUGUGGGCAAAGAGCUACCCACCAAUGCAAUUGAUCUAAAACCUGAUAACAAAGAUGACCUCCAGGCAGUCAUUGCUCUCAGCUUAUUGGAGUCUCUAGAAGUUCAAGCAGUGGAAAGAGAUGCUAACAGGGCCCACAAAGCAAACGCUGCUGAAAACAAAAAUCGCUCCAAAAGAAAACGGUGUGAAGUCUGGGGGGAGAAUCCCAAGCAGAAUGAGUGGAGGAGAGUGGAUGACUGGCCUGUUGGCAUGAAGAACAUUGGAAAUACAUGCUGGUUUAGCGCAGUCAUACAGUCUCUCUUCCAGCUGCCGGAAUUUCGUAGGCUGGUCCUUGGUUAUUCUCUCCCACAAAGUAUGCUUGAGAAUUGUCGAAGUCGCUGUGAAAAGAGAAAUAUUGCAUUCAUGCAGGAACUUCAGUGUCUCUUUGCUUUAAUGCUGGGGACACAGCGUAAAUUUGUAGAUCCGACUGCCGCACUGGAAAUUUUAAAAGGUGCAUUUAAAUCUCCUGACGAACAGCAGCAAGAUGUGAGUGAAGUCACACACAAGCUUCUGGAUUGGCUAGAGGAUGCAUUCCAGUUGUCUGUGAAUGCAAACAGCAGCCCUCAAGACAAAUCAGAAAACCCAAUGGUGCAACUCUUCUAUGGGACUUCCUUGACUGAAGGGGUCCACGAGGGCAAGACCUUUUCAAAGAUAGAGACCUUUGGCCAGUAUCCCCUUCAGGUAAACGGUUAUCAGAACUUGAACGAAUGUUUGGAAGGGGCCAUGGUAGAAGGAGAAAUCGAACCACUUCCUUCUGAUCAGUCAGUGAAGUAUGGACAAGAGCGUUGGUUUACGAAGCUUCCUCCAGUAUUGACCUUUGAACUCUCCCGGUUCGAGUUCAAUCAGUCACUAGGACAGCCAGAGAAGAUUCACAACAAACUAGAGUUUCCCCGGACUAUUUACAUGGACAGGUAUUUGUACAGAAGUAAAGAGAUUAUUCAAAAGAAGAGAGAAGAGACCAGGAAGCUGAGGAAACAAAUAGCCAUUCUGCAGCAGAAAUUGGAAAGAUACAUGCAAUACGGCUCUGGCCCAAGCCGUUUCCCAUUACCUGACAUGCUGCAGUAUGUUUGUGAAUUUGCCAGUACCAAGCUACCAUUAGUUCCCUCUGCUCAGGACUCUCGGACAAUGCCAACUCAGUCCCAAGCUGAGUGCUGUGAUCUGAAUGAACCUCUGCAGCAAAACAGUGUAUUAGAAACAGAAAGUACCGAGAGCAUUGAAGGUGCUGCAUCCGUUUUGAUAAACCCUUCACCCCAGCAAGAAUGUGUGAGCAAGAUGCCCCAGCCCUCCUAUUUACCAGCGGAAAUGUCUGAAUGCCCGGCUCCUCAUGUGGUCACCGAGGAGGAGAUGAGUCUUGUGAGGACAUGCCUGCAGCGCUGGAGGAGUGAGACUGAACAGGACAUGCAAGAUCUGAAGGACCGUAUUACCAGAAUCAACCAGUCCAUUGAUCAAAUGUAUGGUGACCCUGUUCUCCGUCAGGUCCCUUAUCGCUUGCAUGCUGUCCUGGUUCAUGAGGGUCAAGCAAAUGCUGGUCACUAUUGGGCCUACAUAUACAACCAGCCCCGGAAAAGCUGGCUUAAAUACAAUGACGUCUCGGUGACAGAAUCAUCCUGGGAAGAACUAGAGAGAGAUUCAUAUGGAGGCCUGAGGAAUGCCAGUGCCUACUGCCUGAUGUACAUCAAUGAUAAGCUACCCCACUUCGUUGCAGAUGAUGAUGAUGAUGAUGCAAAAGCAGGACACUUUCAGAAAGAAGUAGAAGCCCUGCCACUUGAACUUCAGAAUUACAUACAGGAGGACAACUGGAGGCUUGAACAGGAGGUGGAGGAAUGGGAACAGGAGCAGUCCUGCAAGAUUCCUCAGAUAGAGUCUUCAGCUAAUUGUGAAUCUCAGGAUUUCACUUCUGAAUCGAGACAAGACACAUCAUCAGGCUGUGAACGCAGCAUUUGCUCGCUCUCCUCAGAACAUGCCAGGAUCACCAAGGACCAGACUGCCCAGGCCAUUGCAAAUACAGCAAAUGCCUACGAGAAGAACGGUGUGGAAGCUGCUCUGUGUAAGACAAAGGAGGCAGAACCAGCGAAGGUCCAGCUGAGAGAAACGGCCCUGACAGUACAGUCAGAACAGCAACAGGAUGCUAAGGGGACAGAGUCUGCUGCCCAGCCUAGCUCGCAGGUUUCUGAAGUGGAGAUCCCCAGAGUGGGGAAGAUUCUGGUUAGAUCCGAUGCAGAUGGAUAUAAUGAGGAGGUGAUGCUUAGCCCAGCCAUGCAGGGUGUGAUCCUGGCUAUUGCUAAAGCCCGUCAGACCUUUGACCGGGAUGGGUCUGAAGCAGGGCUUGUUAAGGCAUUCCGUGAAGAAUACUCCCGACUGUAUCUGCUAGCUAAAGAGACCCCCACACCUCACAGUGAUCCUCGGCUGCAGCAUGUGCUCAUCUACUUCUUGCAGAACAAUGCUCCCAAACAGGUAGUGGAGCGGACCCUCCUGGAGCAGUUUGCAGAUAAAAACCUCAGCUAUGAUGAAAGGUCAAUUAGCAUUAUGCAAGUAGCACGCGCGAAGCUGAAGGAGAUUGGUCCCGAUGAUUUGAACAUGGAGGAAUAUAAGAAAUGGCAUGAAGACUACAGUUUGUUUCGCAAGGUGUCUGUUUAUCUGCUGACCGGAUUGGAACUCUACCAGAAUAGAAAGUAUCAGGAAGCACUGAGCUACCUGGUGUAUGCCUACCAAAGCAAUGCUGCCCUGCUGAUGAAAGGACCCAACAGAGGGGUGGAUAAAUCACUGACUGCUUUGUACAGAAGGAAAUGCCUCUUGAAGCUGAAUGACAUGGCAGCGGCCCAGUUUGUGAGCAGCGCCGAGGCAGAUGUGCUGGAGGGCGUUAACAUCCUGAAUGAGCUGAUCAUCCCCUGCAUGCACCUCAUUAUCAAUAAUGACAUCUCCCAGGAUGACCUGGAUGCCAUUGAGGUCAUGAGGAACCGCUGGUGCUCUUAUCUCGGACAGGAAGACAUGGAUGCGAACCUGCAAAUGAAGUUGGGCGAACUGCUCCCCAGGCUCCUGGACUGCUCUGCAGAGGUCAUCGUUCUAAAAGAACCCCCGAAGAUCCGGCCCAACUCCCCCUAUGACCUCUGCAGCCGCUUCGCAGCCGUGAUGGAGUCUAUUCACGGGGCCUCGCCUGUGACUGUCAAAUAAACAUCCAACUUUCCGGCCCUAGAUGUGACACGUAGUAAUCCACCUGUCGGUAUAAUGCCCUGUGUCAGACCACAUUUGAAUGCAAGAGGGAGAAUAGGCAGAUAAAGAUGUUUCAUACCCAGAUGCAAGCCAUGGGUGUUGAUCCAAAGGAAUGCAAAGCAGUAUUGCACUUUUAAGAAAUAAUUGUCAAUUAUGCAAAGGACAGGAAUCACGGUAGCAAGAUGGCACAGCAUAUGGCUGGUGGUAACAGCUGCUUCUCAUCCCCACAACAAAAAAAAGGGGUUGUGUCUUCGUUUCUUGCCACUUUCAAAAAAUGUCCCUUAGGCGCAGAUACUUGGGAUGGUCACAACGGCCGAACAGGAGAAUGGUUCAUUGACAAAUAAGUGACACUUCUUAGCUUUAUUUCCAGAAAGUAUGUCCUCGCCUUUCUAAAUUCUUAACUGAAAGAACUUAUCCAUUCAGAUCUUGCCAAAGUACUGCUGGCAGGAAUUGAUUUGGGAGACUGAGAGACAGUGAGGAUUGAUGGAGCACAGUGUGUAUAAGACAGGCAGUCAUGCAUGCAGCUGCAUAUUUUACUUGAGUGAAGUCAAACAGGAAGUAAAGGUGUCUCUCGUCUUUUUACCUGUCAAACAAAUAUGCAGGGCUCUUUUUGUGACAGACAAGCAAAUACUGACAUAUGAUGGAACCUAAUUUUAAAAGAUUGUCUUCUGCACCGUAUCACUGUGAUGAUAAUUACUAACUAGCUAAAGGAAAUAAAAGCCCCAAAGGGAAUUCCUCUCUCAGAUCUGAAAAUACUUCCUUCUCCACCAAGGUUAUUGGUGAAAAAAUUGAGCAGUGGACAAUAACGUUAAAGCGUGUAUAUUUGUAAUUUUUUUUGUAAAAAUUUACUGGGGGAGUGAGGGACAGAACCACAGCGGAACACUUUUUAAGGGCAGCCUAUGUUUUAUUUGAAUGACAAAAUUGUUGAAACCAAAAUGCUCUGAAUAAAUGGGGGAAAGAAUUCCUAUUUGAUAGGACUAUGCAGGUUUUAUAAAUGUGCAAUAAAACCAUUUGUUCUAUUUUAGAUGUGAAA